AUAAGCUGAUCUGCAACCGAUGGGCAUUCAUGGGUUAUAUGCCUUUAUCAGGGCACACGAUGAUCUGAAGCGAAGUCGGUCUUGGAACAGGGAAUGCUCUGAAACUACAUUUAUUGUCGAUGGCAAUGCCUUUGUCUAUCAUAUGGCUUUCCAAAAUCGAACGGAUUGGGCGCAUGGUGGGCAAUAUGCAACAUUUGCUGAGCAAGUUCGUCGAUUUGUCUCGUCACUGCAAGAUGCUAACAUUGCGCUGACCUUUUUGUUCGACGGUGCGCUGCCGCCCGAUAAGCAAGCAACUCGAAAGCAACGUUAUCGGAGCUAUAUUGAACGAGCAUGUUUGGUAGCCGACAAUUUACAGCAAAUCAACGACAUUAACAAGAGUGACCAAGCGGACGCCAAUAUUCUCUAUCACGGGGACAUGUAUCUGAUCCCUCCGCUCAACCUGGAAAUAUGCUUGCGGACCAUUCGUGACAUGGGCGUUACCACCAUGGUGUGCAACGGUGAAGCGGACAGUCUGGUGGCCCGUAUGGCGCAAGAAAAUAAUGGUUACAUCCUUUCAAAAGAUACCGAUAUGCACGUCUAUCCUCAUGUUGGAAAAGGGUACAUUCCCCUGGAUUCCUUGACAGUCACCGAAACCGGUGUAACAGCUGAUGUUUACCAUCCCGAUCAAUUGUCGUUCAUUCUCAAGAUAGAGAAACAUAUACUUCCAUUAUUCGGUACGCUGCUAGGAAACGACUACUUGAAUGUGGAAACCGUGAAGCCGCCCAUCACAUUGUGGUGUAUCAACGCCGGACAUCUCGUCAAAGGUCAAAGUAUCAAGCAUUGGCCGAAAUGCGUGAUCGAGUUUCUCAAGCACGUCAAGGGACAACCCAUUGAUACAAUGGUCGACAGUAUUGUAGACCAGUUACGACCUUUAAUCCUGAAAAGCAAUGUCGAAGGGCGCCAUAAAAAGGCUGAAUCCUUGAAGCAGUGUAUUACCUCUUCGAUUCAACGGUAUGAUCCUGAAAGUCCGCUCAUAUCAACGGAGGCUCCUGUGCCGCGAUCGGGAUGCUUCAGCCCCUGGCAACUGAGUCGCCACAUCUUAGAUAUUAAAUUUACGCAAAUGCUGUGGAGCGGGAUUUUUGUGGAAGAUCUGCGACGCGAGUCCAGCUGGAUAAUCAGUCGACAUUUACGCCAAUGUAUUUACGCCCUGUUACUGCGCAACAGCGGACCCGUCAUCGAGUAUUUUCGACAAAAACGGCACUUGACGAGCGAACCCGUUCUCCCCAUCCAAUUAGAUACCAUUCAGCCUAUCAACCCGAUCGAUUCCGAUUUCACGUCUGAACAUUUACUUGGCGAUCGCCUCAGCUGUCAAUCCCUCUAUGCAAGCAUGCAUCACACUGACCACACACAGUUUUCUUCCAUCGACCAUGGUUCUAUUAUAUAUCCAAUUGUAGCAUGUAUACGGUAUCUUGCUCUCCACUUGGCGCCCACAGCGGAUAAACUGACCAACGCAGAAGUGAUGGGAUUACUGGUAUCAACAUUAAAAUCGAUCGCUCCUUUAUUGGGAUUUACAACGCACGAUGUGCCGGUUCGACACUUUGGCAAGCCUUCUCUCAAGAGGAAAGCAAUGCAUCUGACAGCUCAGUAUCAGAGUGUACUGUACUGUUCGUACCUGUUGGCGCAGACCCUGAACUUGUCUCAUUUCGAAAUGCCCGGUUUAUUGGCCAACCUCUACAAUGGAUUAUCAAUUCAUCAUCACCUCCAGCUCGCACGCCAAGGCGCUUCCUUGAAGAAAUUCCUCGCAGGUGUUUCCCCUCGGUUCGUAAAAUUCGUGUUAUCUGUAUAUACCGAAGCAACGCGUGGUUUUACCGAGGAUGGAACUCUCAACAUCUCUGUCCAUUACACCGAAGCUGCAUCGGCUCCUCCAAAGGCAACUGCCACCCCAGCUGAACCGAGAGGGCCAAUCAAUAAGAAACGGGCGAAAGAGCGAUCUAUGGACGGUGCACAAAAACGAGAUGGUCAACCGAAACUUGCCAAAACUCAAACGGGCAAUGGCAAUAUGUUUGAUGUUCUGAGCUUUGGUUGCAGUUUUGAUGGUUAGAUUGAAAGCAUACAUGUAACAUAGCACGCAUUAUUCUCUUGUAUAUUUUUUGUUUUGGCAAAUAGUUUUCAUUACUUGUUUUCAUGGCAUCAAUCCUUUCUUUUAGAGUACUAGAUUGGACUGAAAUAUUUAUUUCACUUUAACUACUAUGUCUGUUGAUAUGGAUUUGCCACUCUACUGAUAAUUGUAUGCUUUUUCCGGUGCGUCUCGUGGUAUUCUUGCUCAGUCAACAACCCAGGUCUACAUGGUUUAAUCUCCAUCAGUGGCCCAUUCGUGGCAAAAUUGCUUUAAUUUUCCAUGGCUCAAACAGCGCCUAUUUGAAGGAUAACAAGCCGUACACCCGCUGUACAAUGGAUGCCGCCUGCCACCGGAGGCCACCCUCUUACAUUGAGCGACUUUCG